CACAAACGCACACACACACACAAACAGAAGCACGCACACACACACUGCUCGCUGGAGCUGGGCACAGAGCGCGUGCAAGAGGGUGAGACAGUGUACGGCGCGUCUCGCACACAGUCUCGCGCCUGCCUGCCCGGUCCUACGUGUUUACGGACCCGUGUUUACGAGGACGGAGCGCGCGCACGGCAACGGACACCAAAACUGGACAUAUCUUAACUUUUUUUUCGCGCGCACGGACACAGAGGAAUUCGCACGCGGAGGAGAGCCAUCUCCAUUCACCGCACGAGGUCGGUUUCGGUUUGUUUUGCUUUCUUUCUUCUUUUCGUUGCACGAUGCCGUGAAGCGCGCGCUCGCUAGAACCAAUGAGCACGAGACUCCUGCACAGACAGAACUGAGCGUAAACAAGCGCGCACGCGCCUUUCCGCCGUCUCGCGCCUUUCUGCAACUUCACCAUGAACCCGGCGGCAGCGAACGCGACGGCGCAGUUCGCGAACAGCACGCGCGGCUGCUCGCUCACCAAGACGGGCUUCCAGUUCUACUACCUGCCCACGGUGUACAUUGUGGUGUUUGUGACCGGCCUGCUGGGCAACGGCGUGGCCAUGUGGAUGUUCGCGCGACACAUGCGCCCGUGGAGCAGCAUCUCCGUGUACAUGUUUAACCUGGCGCUCGCGGACCUGUGCUACGUGCUGUCGCUGCCCUUCCUCAUCUUCUACUACUUUAACAAGACGGACUGGGUGUUCGGCGACGCCACGUGCCGCCUGCAGCGCUUCGUCUUUCACCUCAACCUGUACGGCAGCAUCCUGUUCCUCGCGUGCAUCAGCGUGCACCGCUACUCCGGCGUUGUGCACCCGCUGCGCUCGCUGGGCCGCCUGGAGAAGCGGCAUGCGGUGCGGACGAGUGCCCUGGUGUGGCUCGUGGUGGCGGCGGGUGUCUCGCCCAUCCUCUACUACUCGCGGACAGGACUGAAACAUGGGGGGCUCACCACGUGCUACGACACGACCUCCGAAGAUGAGCUGCCAGGUUACUUUGUCUACAAUAUGUGCAUGACCGUCUUCGGCUUUUGCGUGCCCUUCACCGUCAUCCUGGUGUGCUACGGCUUCAUCGUGCGUGCCCUGGUGUGCAGCGGCGUGGACGGCAUGGAGAUGAGCGUGCCGCUCCGCAAAAAGUCAGCACGUCUGGUGGUCAUCGUGCUGGCUGUCUUCGCUGUCUCCUACCUGCCGUAUCAUGUGAUGAAGAACCUGAACCUGCGGGCACGCCUCUAUUUCCAGGGCCCAGACAUGUGUGCCUUCAACGACCGCGUCUACGCCACCUACCAGGUGACCCGUGGCCUGGCCAGCCUUAACAGCUGCGUGGACCCUGUGCUUUACUUCCUGGCUGGCGACACCUUCCGACGCAGGCUGUCAAGGGCCACCAAAAGGAGCAGCAGGAGGAGCGAGGUCACCGCACCGUCCAAGAGCGAGGAGACGGCACUGAACAGCCUUGCGGAGUGUGUGGAGAAUGGAAGCCGGCAGAUCUAAGACAGACAGAACAGAUAGAAGGUUCUCGCCUUCCGCUUUUGUACAGAUGCAGUGAUUGCGCCAUCACUCAGAGACACUGUGAUUGAAUUAGAGCAGAGUGUCUAAUGAAGGCCCUACUAGAAUUUCCUUGGUGUUAGAAAUGGCUAGCCCUUAUUACAUCAAUGCUAGGGAGAAAAACUGUCCGAGAACCAUCCAGGACACAGAGAGAGGAUGGAAGGCUGGGACAUGCUGGACAUUUCUGGAGGGAUCUAUCAAGGCUGUGGACAGUGGGUUAUGAAAGCCAACAUAAGCCUGCUGCUCUAAGAGACAGAGUGGUGGGAUGCUCCUUGGAGGUAGAAGGUAGCACCAGGCUGUGGUCAGAUCUCACUUUCAUCACUGAUGACACAGAUUCAUGUGAUGACAGAUUAAGUAUUUAAGGAAGCUGCUUUUUCGGACCGGGCACUGAAACGACUCCUCUAGACGUAGCCAUGGACAAAAGGGUGAAUUGCUGAGGGAUCCCAUACAAAAGCAAGCACUUUUGCAGCAGCUUGUAAGUGGAGUAUGUGAAAAGAAAUCUUUCCCCUGAGCAAGAAUGUGUGGUCAGUGUUGUAAGAAAUGUCAUGCCCACACUGUCAUCGUGUCUGUUUAGUGUCUAGUGUUUAAUGAAGGUGCUUCAUUGAUGGACUGUAUAGGUUGAACAAGUUCAGCAUCUCUGAACCUGAAGGCACAACAGUGUCUACGCCACCUACCAGGUGACCCAUGACCUGAAAAAGGCAGCAGCUCUGAAAUGCUUGAAGAGUCUUUAUGUCAUAUCAUUGCUCUGGACAGCAGGUAAUAAAAGCCAAUGGGAGCUAGUCACUUUAAUAGAGAGAGAAAGAGUGGUGGAAAGUCUCUGGUCAGUGGUCAGUUCUUGCCUUCCACUUGAAGCAACAACGACACUGAGUUUGUGACAUUAAUUUAGGACCAAGUGCUCACAAAGAGUGUCUUCAGAUGUUCUCCACAGACGCCAAAAUGGACAAAAAGCUUAAUAAGACUAUUCCAGAGCAAGAACUCUGCUGAGUUUGCUGGGGUUUAUAGAACAGGGUCCAUCCCUGUUGUUUGUGGAAGAUCCCAGUAUAAUAUAUGAUAAGGAUGUUAUAGAACAUUAACUCCAAGAAACAACUACUGCAAACCAGAGCAGGUAUUGAGUGUGUAAUGAAGGUGCUGCAUGGAUUUUAGGGGUUGAGAAAGUACAAAAAUGCAUUUCUUCAGAAGUGAAAAUGCCUGAAAAGCCUUGUUUAUCAUUGCUAUGGACAUCAGGCUAAAAAAUGACCCCAAUGCAUUUCCGUUUGACAGUAAUUAGGCUUUUAUGAGGUCGUCACAAGAUCUUCGUAAGGUGUCAUAACUCUCAAACAUCAACAAACUUCAUUCUAAUUGUUUGCCAUUGAACGUCUGAACCCUGAACCCUAGAAUGAGGAAGGAUGUUCCUCGCUGGCUAACAGGACGUGUAUAUGCUAAUUGCUAAUAAUUCUCCAUGUGAACAUAUCUUUUUCAUUGUACUGUAUUAUAUUUGCCAGUAUUAUAUGAGCAGGAUGACAGAAGCUGCUGUCUGGUGAUCAGUGUUCCAGUGAAAGUUUAACUGUAAACCAGUAAAGCAGAAGAAUCAUGCUCUGAUAGGCGCGCCAGCCAAUUCAUGUUAAAAUCGAUAACACAUCAGGUGGAGUGAGCUGAGUAGAGAGCGAUGUGGGCGUGCGUUUGCCACCCGAAUGCACUUCAUUUGUAGUACAAUAAAAAGAAAAGUGAGUAGAA